AUGUUUAAUAAACAACGAUAUAAUAGAGAUAAACAAUGUUAUGAAGUUAAAGAUAAAAAUAGCAGUUCUAUCAAAUUAUCUGAUCUAAUUCUUUAUAUUAGAGAUCAUAAUAGAUUUGAACCUUAUUCUCUUUCUGAUGUAAAUAAACGUAAAGAAGUAAAUCAUUCUUAUUGGUAUGCUGAUUUUGAAGCUAGUACUCAAGGUUAUCAUAAUCCAUAUCGUGUUUGUUAUUCUAAAAGAGGUGAAGAUAAUAUUUAUAACAAAUAUGGUAAAUAUUGUGCUUAUAAUUUUUUAUGUGAUUUACCUCAUAAUGCUGUUUGUUAUUUCCAUAAUCUUAAAUAUGAUGGUUCAUCCUUAGCUAAAUAUAAUGUUAAUAGAUGUAUUAAGAAAGGCGGUAAAAAUAUGCAAAUGACAUUAAAAAUCAAAGGUAAACAAUUAACUUUUAAAGAUUCUCAUGCUUUAAUUUCUACAUCAUUAGCAUCUUUUCCAAAGAUGUUUGGUUUAUCUAAUAUUCAAAAAGAGAUUUAUCCAUAUAACUAUUUCAAUAAGGUUAAUAUCGAAAAUAAUAUUGGUACUAUAUUAGAAGCUGAUAAAUAUGAAAUAAAACAAUGGACUGAAGAACAAUUUGAACUAUUUAAUGAAAAGAUUGAUAAAAUUGAAAAUUGUAAAAUUUAUGAAUUUCAAUCUGAUAUGAAAGCUUAUUGUGUUUUCUACUGUAAUCAAGAUGUUAAAAAUUUAAAACAAGGUCAUUCUAUAUUUAGAGAUAUGUGUUUAGAAUAUUUAAAUAUUGAUGUCGAUAAAGUAAUUUCAGCAGCUUCUUUAGCUAAUACUUAUUUCAAACAUAAUGUAUAUUCAAAGAUAAAUAAUUUAAAAGAAUAUGGUGGUAAAGUUAGAGAAUUUAUUCAAGGAGCUAUUUAUGGAGGUAGAUGUAUGACUAGAGAUAAUAAAAAGUGGUAUGUAAAUGAUGAAUUAUAUGAUUAUGAUGCUUGUUCAUUAUAUCCUUCAGCUAUUAAUAGAUAA